CUUCUACCCAACUACGUACUUCACACAGUUCACAGAGAUCAAAAAAUGGUCAGCUUCCAAGAUUCCAUGAUACUUCUAAUCAUAUGGCUAGUCUCCAUGAUCAUAGUCCGAGCAAUUCUAACAAAACUCCGAGCCAAACCUCGUCUUCCACCGAGUCCGCUAGCCCUGCCGAUCAUCGGACACCUUCAUCUCCUCAGUCCAAUUCUGCAUCAAUCUCUGCACAAGUUAUCAACCCGCUACGGACCCUUAAUCCAUCUACGCCUCGGCUCAGUUCCUUGUGUUGUAGCUUCAUCUCCUGAGAUGGCUAAGGAGUUUCUUAAAACGCACGAAACUUCAUUCUUGAAUCGUCCUGUAAUGUCAGCCGUCGAUUAUCUUACGUAUGGCUCUGCUGAUUUUUCUUUUUCUCCUUAUGGACCGUAUUGGAAGUUUAUGAAGAAACUGUGCAUGACUGAGCUUCUUGGAGGGCGGAUAUUGGACCAGUUUGUUCCGGUGAGGCAUGAGGAAAUUAAAGGGUUUUUGCAGUUUAUGAUGAAGAAAGCAAAUGCAGGAGAAGCUGUUAAUGUCGGAGUACAGCUUUUAAGGGUGACCAAUAAUGUGGUAUCAAAAAUGCUUAUGAACCACAGGUGUUCGGAGAAUGAAGAUGAAGCAGACGAAGUGAGGAAGUUGGUGCAAGAAAUAGCUGCGCUUACAGCAUCGUUUAAUUUGUCUGAUUUUAUUUGGUUCUGCAAGAGCCUAGAUUUGCAAGGAUUUGGAACGAGACUUAAGCAAGUUCGUGACAAAUUUGACAAUUUAAUGGAUAAAAUCAUAAGAGAACAUGAAGAAGCAAGGAAGAAAACAGGUUAUGAAGGAGAUAAAGUGAAAGAUGUACUGCAUAUUUUACUUGAUAUUCAAGGAGAUGACAAUUCUGAAAUCAAGUUGACUACGGAAAACAUCAAGUCCUUCAUCAUGGACAUUUUCACGGCAGGGACCGACACGUCUGCGAUUACGACAGAAUGGGCACUGGCAGAGCUAAUAAAUCACCCAGAAAUCAUGAACAAAGCAAGACAAGAAAUUGAUUCUGUAAUAGGAAUGAACAGACUAGUUCAAGAAUCAGAUAUUACGAAUCUCCCUUACGUCCAAGCUAUAGUAAAAGAAACCCUCAGGCUUCACCCGACAGGCCCAAUGACUGUAAGAGAAUCAACAGAAGAUUGUGUCAUCAACGGAUACGAAAUUCCGGCAAGAACUCGACUGUUUGUAAACAUAUGGGCGCUAGGAAGAGACCCGAAUUACUGGGAAAACCCGCUAGAUUUUGUUCCAGAAAGAUUUAUGAACGUAGAGGUCAAUGUAAGAGGACAGCAUUUUCAUUAUUUACCGUUCGGAAGUGGAAGAAGAGGGUGUCCGGGGACAUCACUGGCGUUACAGAUGGUGCAAAGCAGCCUUGCUGCUAUGAUUCAGUGCUUUGAUUGGAAAGUUGACGGUAGUGUUGACAUGGAAGAGGGGCCUGGGAUUACUCUUCCGAGAGCUAAUCCUUUAAUUUGUGUACCGGUUGAGAGGAUUAAACCAAUUCCAUUAUUUUGAUGGAUUCAUUAUGUGAUACAAACAAAGGGUUUUUAGUUUAAUGUCAUUUUAUCUGAAAUCAAUUACAGACAAUUGAAAUGUUUGUGUUGGACUAGUA